UAAUGUGUUCAGAGCAUGACUUACAGGCAGAUGACAAAGGCAGUUCAUUCGGUUUUGAUUUCCUAAUAUUAUGACUGCCAAAUAGGGCCCCAUCAAGGUCUCUCUAUUACUUUCUUCUGCACUUGUUGCAGCUACUGCUCUCCACAUUUAGGAAUCAAAAUCUGUUUCAGUCCACAUCACUGCUGUACCAAGAGGCACAGAAAAACAAUCAAAGAAAAACAAAGCUCUGAUAACAAUUGAGUUAAAUUUUUUUAUUAUAUUAACAGUCCACAGAUGCCUGCUGUCAUUGAAUUUGGCCCCUAUUUUGUUGUAUGUCAUUCAUCUCCUCCUGCCGGGCCCUUUCUCUGUUUUCAGUUUCGUUUUUCUGCUCAGAAGGCUAAUAAAGAGACGGGUUUAAAGACCAGAUUCCGCUUCUCAAAGAAACACACAGACCCCUCACCACUACAGUGACAGCAGCACAGAUGGACUGCAAUCUUAGACCGUACCAGGAGGAGGUGGUGCAGGCAGCACUCAGAGGAGAGAACAGCAUCAUCUGGCUGCCCACCGGUGGAGGAAAAACCCGUACUGCGGUUUACAUCACUAAGAAACACCUGGAGACCACAGCCAAUGCCAAAGUAGCAGUGCUCGUCAAUAAGGUGCAUCUGGUAGAUCAGCACUUUGCAAAAGAAUUCAGGCCUUAUCUUGGGAGUACAUACAAGAUAGCAGCCAUCAGUGGGGACAGUAAUGAGAAAGACUUGUUUGGGUGUCUAGUCAAGGCCUCAGACCUGGUCAUCUGCACAGCUCAGAUCUUGGAGAACGCCCUGAUCAACAUGGAGGAAGAAAAACACGUGGAGCUGACUGACUUUACCCUGCUGGUAAUAGACGAAUGUCACCAUACACAAAAGGAGAGCGUCUAUAAUAAGAUAAUGGGCCGCUAUGUUGAAAAGAAAGUGAGAAAAGAAGGGAAUCUUCCUCAAAUUUUGGGUCUCACAGCAUCGCCUGGUACAGGAGGAAAUAAGCAACUAGAUAAAGCUGUUGAACAUGUACUGCAGAUCUGUGCCAAUCUGGAUUCAGUAAUUGUGUCCACCAAGGAGUUUACUCCAGUGCUGCAGAAAGUCGUUCCCAGACCCAAAAAGCAAUAUGAUAUUGUUGAAAGAAGAACUCUGGAUCCAUUUGGCGACCACUUGAAGGCAAUGAUGUUGAUGAUUCAUGAGUAUAUGCCGCCAACGGUGAGUCGCAGCCUGCGAGAGAUGGGCACCCAGGAAUAUGAAGCUGAUGUGGUGGAACUAGAAAAAGAAGGUGUAAAGAAAGAGAACAGACUGAUUGCUCAGUGUGCUUUGCACCUGCGGCAAUACAACGACGCUCUUCUCAUUAAUGACACCGUUCGCAUGGUGGACGCCUUCCGGGGUCUAGACGAGUUCUACAAUUCAAGGAAAACCAAAUUGCUGGAUGGAACAGAUAUCUUUCUCCAGGGACUUUUUGAUGAGAACCGUGUGGAGCUUAAACAGCUGGCAUCAAAUGACCGCUACGAAAACCCCAAACUGGCCCAGUUGCAAUGCACAUUGCAGGAAGAGUUUAAUGAUGAAAACUCUCGUGCUAUCCUCUUCUCAAAGACCCGCAGGGGCACCCAUUGUCUGUUUGACUGGGUGAACUCCAACCCUGAGCUGCAGAGGGUCAACAUCAGAGCUGGCAUUCUCACAGGAGCGGGUACAGGUGCAAAUCACAUGACCCAGAAUGAACAGAAGGAAACCAUAAAACAUUUUAGAACUGGAAUCCUCAACCUCCUCAUCUCCACCAGUGUAGCUGAGGAAGGACUUGAUAUUCCAGAAUGCAACUUAGUUGUACGUUACGGGCUGUUGACCAAUGAGAUCGCUCAGCAGCAGGCCAGUGGGCGGGCUCGAGCUAUGAACAGCGUCUACUCAGUGGUGGCCGAAGAAGGUGGGCGUGAAAUGCGCAGGGAACUUACCAAUGAUCAACAAAAAAUUACUACAAAAAAAACUAACCAACAACAGCAAAAAAUUACCCACAGCGAGUUCAGACGCAAGAUAUCCAAGCUCCAAAAAAUCGCUGUUAUGACUAGAAUCCAGGCCGAGAGGAAAAAGGAUGAGAGGAAGCAGCGUUAUAGUCCUAGUCAGGUUCAGUUUCAAUGCAGAGAAUGCUUCUUGCUUGUCUGCAGUGGAGAAGAUUUAAGAAAAAUAGAAAAUGCUCACCAUGUCAACAUCAACCCUGAGUUUGAGAGGCAUUAUAUAGCAGGUGGGCAGGUCGUUCUGGAGAAGAGCUUUGAAGAUUGGGAGCCUGGACGGGUUAUCAGCUGCAAGAACUGUGGAAAGGAAUGGGGAAUGGAGAUAAAGUUCAAGAAGGUGGUCACACUCCCCUGCUUGAAAAUAAAGAGUUUUUCUAUGAAGACUCCUGGAGGCAAAUCCACUCCCAGGCAGUGGAAGGAUGUUGAGUUCCAGGUGAAAGAGUUUGACUUUCUUGAGGACAUGAGCAGCCAUUUCCAUGACCUAGACUUAGACGAAUGACCAUUUAAACUCAGGCAAAAGAUUGAUUGCUGUUAGUCACAAACUACUUAGUAUCAUUUAAAUAAUACCAAGUGGUUUGACUGUAUAUUUAGAAAGAUGUGCGUGUGUGUGUGUGUGUGUGUGUGUGUGUGUGUGUGUGUGUGUGUGUGUGUGUGUGUUAAAUGUUUUGACUGUAUAUUUAUUUAUAACAAUUUCAUAGAUUUUUUUUUUUUUUUUUUGGUGUCCAUCUCUGGGAUCAGGACUGUGCUGCUCUUUGAUUAUUAGGUAUUGUUGACAUUACUGUGCAAUAUGUCUCUAAAUGCACCUGAAGCUCUUAAUGGCCCCCAUUGAGCUCUAGUCUGCUCAGACUGAUGCUUUCAGAUUGCUUGAGCAUUUACAUAUAUUCAUUUAACAGAUGCUUUUAUCCUAAGUGACUUACACAUGAGGAGAAAUAUGAACAUGCUUCAUAAUGUGUGAGCCUUCAUUUACAGACUGGUUACAGGUUUGUUCAUAGCACUUAAGUAUGUUUCUUACAAAAAAAAAAUGUGUAUAAUGUAUGUCUUUUUAAAAGUCUGACCAUUUUACAUUUAUGCAUUACCACGUGAGAGUCUGUAUAUCACAUCUAGAAUAUAUGAUUUAAAAAAAAUGUAUAAUAAAACAUUUAUGCACUGAA